ACUGCCUCAUCUGCCUGCCGCUAGGGGUCAUCCUCUAUAUCCUCGGUUUUGUAUAUAUGAUGGUUUCAGGGAUAUCAUGCAGUAUGUUCAAUAAUUGCCUGAAGUUGAGCAGAUUAUGAGACAUUUUUUAAUUGGAUAUAUUGAUCAUUAUUGGUUUUUCCAGGUUGGUUCAGAGUUAAUCAGCGUUUUUGCAGAAGAUUAUCGUACGAACAACUACUUAGAAUCAUUUCAUUCAACACUACUUUCGCAAAUGGGACGACACCUUAAUACAUUGGAUUUCCUCCGUAAAUUAACUUACAUUGAAAAUCAGUUUUCAGUGGAGUUCAAUCAAGUACAGAAUAAUCUCAGGGUCAGAGAUGGCAUAUCAAGAUCCGAACGAGCUAAUGCCACUCAUAUAAUAUCCCAAUAUGUACAGUGCCUUAAUCAAAAACACGGCCUCUUGAUGUUUUUGAGCAACACCGGUCAUCAUAUUUGAUGGAUAUGUUGAAAGAGAAAUUGGACCUUAUGCGCAACCAUGAACAACCAGUUCUCCUAUAAUAUUUGUCUUUUUUUUGUGUAUUUAAAAUUUUUUCUCAUGUAUAAUAUUAUGUUGAAUGUUCAACUUUAAUUUUUUUGUAUGUAUUAAAUGUAUUAAAUUAUGUUUGUAUAUAUAUAGUGGGGGAUUGUCCUACUAUACCCGACGUAUGAGCCUCGCAAGACAAUUCAAUUUUACUUAUCUAGUUUUCAUAAUAAACACAUAUGGUGUAACAGUAACCUCUUAUGUUCAAGUUUUUAAUUCACAUUAUUAAUAUCACAACUCAACAUUUUUCAUUAU